AUGUCCAAGAACGACUCGACUGCCCGGGAGCCGGUGCAACUAGAUGCCGUAGUUGGCGACAAGAUAGCGCAGCAGACGACGACAGAUAUGGACAAGCUCGACAUCCGGGAGGUGGAAAACGGCGUAGGCCUAGACGCAGACGACAAAGGCGGGAUGGACCGAAGCAAGGUGGACCGGGAGCUGGCCCAGUACGUGUCGGACGUGCGGGUUCACGUGACGGAGGAGAAGAAUGCGGAGCUGCGACGCAAGAUCGACCGACGGGUGCUGGUGGUGAUGAUAGCGACGUAUUUCCUGCAGGCGAUCGACAAGGGCACCAUGUCGUUUGCGUCGAUCAUGGGCAUUGUGAAGGACGCGCACCUGCGCGGACAGGAGUACAGCUGGCUGACGACGUGCAUCUACAUCACGAUCCUGGUGGUAGAGUACCCGCAGAACUGGAUGCUGGCGCGGGUGCCGAUCGCCAAGUACCUGAGCUUCAGCAUUGUGGCAUGGGGAACGGUGCUGGCAUGCACGGCGGCGUGCCGCAGCUUUGCCAGUCUGGUGAUCGUGCGCUCGCUGCUGGGACUGUUCGAGUCGGCCUGCCAGCCGGCCUUUGUGCUGCUGUCGGGCACGUGGUACCGGCGCGACGAGCAGGCAUCGCGGGUGGCGUACUGGUACAUGAUGAACGGGGCACAACAGGUGGUCGGCGGGCUGCUGGCGUACUGCUUCAGCCGGAUCCCGGCAUCAGGCGCGCUGCGGUCGUGGCAGUGGCUCUUUCUGUCGUACGGGCUCGUGUCCGUCCUGUUCGGGCUCUUUGUCGGUUGGUGGAUGCCGGACAGUCCGAUGCGAGCGCGCUGCUGGUCCGAGGCCGACAAGCGGCUGAUGGUCGAGCGCGUACGCGACAACCAGACCGGCAUCCAGAACCGGGCCUUCAAGGAGGACCAGGCCAUCGAGGCGCUGGGUGACCCGCAGGUCUGGGGCUACGCGCUCGUGGCCUUUUGCACGACGCUGCCGACGUCGGGCCUCGGUGCCUUCCAGGGCAUCAUCAUCCAGGGCUUCGGCUUCUCGACGCUGCAGACCCAGCUGCUGGCCAUGGUGCUGGGCUUCUACAUUGUCGCCGUGCUGCUCGGGUCCGUCUGGCUGGUCCGUCGAACGGGCCAGAAUCUGCUCGUCAUGCUCGCCUUCUGCCUGCCGUCUUUUGUCGGCACCAUCUGCCUGAUGGUCGUGCCGCUGCAGACGACGGCCCAGAAGGCCGGCCUGCUCGUGAGCUACUACGUCACCCUGUCCUUCUGGUCGGCCCAGACGCUCGCCCUGUCGAUGAUCUCGCGCAACAUUGCCGGCCAGACGAAAAAGUCUGUCGCCCUGGCCCUCAACUUCAUCUUCUGGUCGGCCGGCAACGCUGUCGGGCCGCAGGUCUUUCUCAGCUGGAACCGCCCGCGCUACUUCAUCGCCUUUGCCACCCAUCUCGGCUGCUACUCGCUCCUCGUCCUCGUCCUCGUCGGUCUGCGUGUCUACCUCGUACACGAGAAUGACCGGCGCAACCGGCUCGCCGCUGCCGGCCUGCAGGACGCCCACGAUGAGCAGUACACCCACGCCUGGGAGGAUCUCACUGAUCGCCAGAACCGCAACUUCCGCUACGUCUAUUAA